GCUUGCUCCAAGAACACAAUUGAAUAUACUUACAGAAUAUAAUGUCACAGAAAAGAACUAUUGAUGCCUUCUUCAGUUCUGCUCCAAAGCGAUCCCGCGUCGACAUCGUCGAGGAAAGAAGUACUCCAGAUGGGCAAGAUGAGAUUACUACAACAUCGCAGCAUCAAAAGUAUCCAUUUCCAAUAACUGAUUUUCCAGCAUCAGUAAGCCAAGAGCUGUCAUCUUUACCAGCUCGCCCUGCUCGGGUCAUCAACAACGAGCCAGACUUGGAUCUGUUGUAUUACGAGCCUUAUAUUCCCGAAUACCUUGCGCGUCAGAUCUUUCAGCAUUUGCGAGCAGAAUUGCCCUUUUAUAAAGUAGAGUAUCAAAUCAAACGAGGAGGCAUUGAAACUCAGGUGCGCACGCCAAGAUGGACCACGGUAUUCGGACUCGACGAAACCUCAAAGUUUGACGAGACAGGAGCAGUGGUAGAUGCAAAUACAGGAAUGAAAGUGCUGUCAGACAGACGCUAUGAGAAGUCCUCUCCUCGGCCUUUACCACAAUGUCUCGAUGAGCUUAGGCAAUCCACGGAGGCAGCUACAGACUGCAAAUUUAAUUUCUGUCUGGUCAACUAUUAUGCUUCUGGCGCAGACAGCAUUUCGUUUCACAGCGAUGAUGAGAGAUUUCUAGGCCAAGAGCCUGCCAUUGCUUCCUUCUCGCUGGGCGCGCGACGAGAUUUUCUGAUGAAGCACAAGCCAGCGCCUCCAGACCAGGAAACAAAUCCACCUGUCAAAUCAAAAGUUAUAAAAUUUCCAUUAAAUACUGGAGAUAUGAUCUUAAUGAAAGGGAAAACACAGUCUAACUGGCUCCAUUCUAUACCAAAACGCACAGGGAAGAAUCAAGAGGAUGGGGGAAGAAUCAAUAUAACUUUCAGAAGGGCCAAGAUCAAAGAGGGGACAGAAAACUAUUAUAAUUAUAACGUCGGAAAUGGUCCCGUUUAUCGUUGGGAUAAGACGAGUCGAGCCAUGGUGCUGUGGAAGCCCUCAUGAUAGAAAAAGUAUAUGCAUUAUCUAUACGAGAAUGGAUAUCUUUAGGAGAACGAGAGAAAAAAAGCUUUCGCUUGAUUUAUUUGCCACGGCGGAAUUGCGCAGAAGCAAAAUUUCUCAGAGCCUUUAGAAACACUUGGUACCCGAACGUCUCGUUGUCUUGUAGGCAAAAGAUCUCAGUCAGUCGGAUUUGCCACGGUGGAUAGCCCGACAGCUCGACGUAAGGAGUGAAUAGAAUCAGCAAGUCGGGCUCUGGAAGGAUGCCCUCCGAUAGCUCGGCGUCAAUGAGCUCUUGGGAAAUAUCUCGCGGGGAGAUCUUGCCCCGUUGCGACAUGUCGGCAAGAGUUCUCGUAAGAUCCACGAUAGACUCUCUUCCAUCCUGGUAGGAAAUCAGAUGAAGCUGCAAGUGUCCAUGU